AUUGAAUAUGACCAAAACCCGUUGUAUCGCUUUGGUAAUACAGUGUCUAUUCAACCGGCAUUUUGGACAAACCUAGAUCCCAGGCUCUUCUUCCUUUUCGUAAUCUGCGGGGGAGUAGUGGGUGGAGGCGCGAGGUAAAGGUACUGUAGCCCAUUACCAGGGUGGUUUCGUGCAAUUUUCACAGGUAUUUUCACUGUUGAUCGCAGUCUCAAGCAGGAUAUUUAUAUAUCUCAAUUUUGGCCGAAAUCUAGAACAAAGCACUGCGAUAUCAGAAUGAUCUUCAACUACUCGGUAAGACCGAACGGUCCGUACUCGGGGUCCAGACGGGAAAAUCCGGACCGCCGGCUGAGAAGCUGGAGAAAAAAAAUUAAUACUUUUCUUAUAAACUCUUGGUCUUCGGCCAUCGUAGCUUGAUUGAAAAUAUAAAACAAACAGCGGUGAUGAACAUUUUAAAAACAUGCAUUUCAUGAACUUGACGUCUCGUAUGCUAGCCACAUGUUAUCACUGCUGUUUGUUUUAUAUUUUUGAUCAAAAUAGCUUUCUUAUUCGGGCAAAAUGAUAACUUGCUCGAAGGCUCUCUGUUCGAGUUAGAGCAAAGAGUUCAUGCACGAUCGACGUGUGUCAAGGUUUUUUGGUCCACGCUGGGAGAACAAAGUAAUGUUUUAUGGAAAGAAGAGGGAAAAAAUCUAGCUUGUCUUAUUCAGAUUCGAUUCUACAUCACAGAUAGCCUGAGUACGGACUUUCCCGCGCGAGGACGCGCGAGUGCUUUUGUUUUUGGCGGCGAAGCGAGGCUUAGUUCCUUCGAGGGCGAAUCCGCCACCAAAUAAAAAAAAUUUAGUCGCUCUUGAAUCCUGCCAGCUACUAUUACAUAAUCUGCGAUCAGGCGUUCUUUUUUUGGCGAAUGGGGAAAGAAGGAAAAAAGAACUGGCUACAUCACAGAUGAUCACUCAUUGUGGUCUUCCCUUCGAGAAACACGAUACAAUCAAUUGCGCAAUUCAUCCAAUGAGAUUGUAUCAUCAGAUCGAUUGUGAAUUCAUACCGUUAUAAAUUUGAGGCUCCCCAUGCUCUGAGGUUUUGUACCCCAACGAAAUAUGCUCAAUUUGAGGCCGAAGUCUUCUCUUAUAGACAAGAUAACAAAAAUUAAUGUUUCGCAACUUAAACCACUACAGAAUAUAACGCUUGGAGCGCAAAUUGUCGGCGACAAAGGUGAAACAUUUGAGUCACACGCUUACUUCAUCGCUGACAAAGAUGGCGAGGUUGAUGUUUGCCGUGACUCGUCUUUGGGAGGAUCUUACAGCGGAGUUUCACCCAUGGGAUUGYUAUGGAGCAUGAAACCAGCACCGGGACAGAGAAAAGGAAUUCGACUGAUGAAAUCAGAUGUUACCAAACCGUACAACAUCGUCUUGAACUGUUUUGAUGACCAUGUGACCCCGAACGAAUCUUCACUGCAGCCCUUGUCAAGCGUGACCUUUCAGAAAUGGCACAUGGCCGAAGGAGUAAAAAGAAUUCCAGUGAGAGAAGGAAGAAUCCGUGGGACUUUGUUUCUUCCUCCGGGAGAUGGACCUUUCCCUGGUGUGAUAGAGAUGUUGGGUGGCACUGGAGGACUUUGGGAAUUCAAGGCUUCCCUUCUGGCAUCGCACGGAUUUGCAGCUCUUGCAUUGGCCUACUUAUCUUAUGAUGAUAUUCACGAAUUGCCAUCAUCCAUGGACAUGGAGUACUUUGAGGAGGCAGCCAACUGGCUCAGCAGUCAUCCUAAAGUCUUGCCGCAUGGUAUUGGCGUUCAUGCCAUUUGCUAUGGAUCCUGGGCCGCGUUGUUAAUGGCAAGUCUUGGAAUGAAAGCGGUCAAAGCCCUUGUGGCCAUUUCACCCGUCAUAAACGCUUUCCCCAUACCAUUUAGUUACAAAGGAAAGGUCUCGGAAAUACUUCCUUUUGAAAAUAGCCAGAAGAUAUCGACAAAAGAAGGUAGCAUCUGGCGUUACGCCAUUCCAGCAGUCAAUGAUGUCAGUACCCCAGUCUCUAACUACUCACCAAUCACACCAGUCGAAAACAUUUCCUGUCCUGUUCUUUUAGCCUAUGGAACAGGUGACCUCAAUGUUGGUUCUGACUUUGCUACAGAACUGAUUUUUAAUCGCCUGAAAGCCCAUGGUAAGGAACGUUUGUGUUCUAUUUUACGUUAUCCCGAGGCGGGACAUCUCAUCGAGCCGCCGUACACUCCACACUGCUAUUCCUCAUUCUCCGGUAUUACUGCCAAAUGGUCUGGUGACCACUAUCUAGUGUGGGGAGGGGAGAUGAAUGCUCAUGCUAAAGCACAAGAGGACGCCUGGCCAAAGAUCUUAAGGUUUCUGCGAAUAAAUCUUCAGCACUCGAGUAAUUUGUAGAAUGCAGCUAAAAGUUUAGAAUAAAAGUGCACAUGGGAACGAU